CCUCUUCGGAAAUCAGGGGCCAGAGCUGGUCCACCGGAUGAUUCCAAAGCAGAGGUGGAGAAUUUGAUCGCGAGGGCGAACAAGACAAUAAACGUGUGUGUAUGAUUGGGACGGGGAUGGAGGAGGAGGAGGAGGAGUCCGAGGGAGGGGGCCGGGGGGAGAACCUCACUGUGACUCUCUCAUGGUUAAUGUACAGCUCGGGAGGCAUACUCUGACACGUAACGGGACGCACAAGGGGAGGGCUGCUCUGUGAUCCCCCGAGCCCGAAACUCUUAUUUUACUCGCAUGCUGCACAGAUUCAAACGUGACAUGGCGAUGAGCCCAGCCCCUACUAUGAAAGCGGGUCGUCAGGGCGAUGUACAAGGAGAGUGGAUGGCAAUCCGACGGCGUUCCGCCAGCGCUUUGACCUCGUGCUCGCCUCUGCAGGGCGGUAAUUUCGUGGAGGUCCGCCCGCCGAAUCCUGGGUCCAAGGGACUCCACCUGUAAUGAGAAGGUGUUCAGGAGCAGCAGCAGGGCCGGGGGGCAAUGGACAAGUAAGACGAGUGAGUUCGUGCUUUCGACGAGGAGUGCUUGCGAUCUGAUCCCCUUUUGAUGGCAAAGCUUAUGGUCUAGACAGGAAUGCUUGCUGCUGCUUGGCUAUGGCGGAUGCACGAGUGAGCUUGCCGCAGGUGCUGCUGCUGGUGUGUCGUUGCUGGUGUGUCGUUACGGUGGAAUCAGUGUCUGAUCUGCGAGCUGAGGAUUUGCGUUUCGACCAUGUUUGAUCUGAACGAGUUGCCGGAGGGGGAUGGAUUUUUCCCCGCCGCCAAGCCCGAGUCCGAAGCUCCUGCGGCUGCUGCUGCAGAGGGGUUUUUCGCGGCCGACAAUUCGACCAAGAUCAUCUGCAGGCUUCUUCGAGACGAAGAAGCCGAGACCAAAGGAGGGGCCUCUGUCGCCAAGACCUUCUUGACGGCGGACUCGGCCGCCAUCGCUUACCCCGAUGAAGACUGGGAAGCGGAAGAAUUAGCGCGGUACGAUGCUGCCAACGCUGCGAAUCGAGCUACCUCGCCGAUCCGUGGCCCUGCAGAGAUCCAUCGCUUCACGGAGAGCAAGCUAUUGGAGCGAAUCGAAGCGCUCUCUGACACCUCCUACCCCGGGUUCGGUAUAUCACCUCGUCCUGAGAAGCUCGGACAGAGGAAUAAUAGCUCGAGCGAAAAGCGUUCAGACCUGACCACGGACUUUUUUCACCGAUCCCCCGGGAAAUUGGACGCGUCUCCUCUGGAUAAUAAUCUCCUCAGCGAUAGCGUCGACGAUGACCGCAAUUCGGACUCUCGACCGGCUUCGCUCUUUUCUGGUGGCAGCAGGUCUGCCAGAAAAGGCAAACGGGCUCGAGAGGACUUGCUCGUUGGACAAGCUCUGCCUGAUGAAUCGACUACUACUCCCAAACUUAAGAGACCUGCUCGAUUCCCUCCUCCACCUGCUGCUGCACGGGUCGAGGGCAAUCGCGGACCAGGACCCUCACUCUCGAUGACAGUCGACAGAGAUGCGGCCGAACUUGUAAUUUCUUCUGCCAGUAAUCACAAAUCCCUCAGUAGUAAAGGGGAAUUAUCAAUUGAAGAAGCCGCAACCUCACUCUCGUUGGGCGAAUCAUCGGUGGCUGUUCUCAAGUCCGAUGCCGGUGCCAUUCAUCCAGCUAUGGAUGCUGCGAUUUUGCCCUCUGUUAAACCUGCUGCUCUCGGUCUGAGCAUUAUAUCGAAGACUGUCGCCAGUGCGGUGAAAGCUACGACGGCGAAUCAGGAGGCUGAGACCUUCGUCACCGCUGCGAUUGCGAUUGCUGCGGACAGAGAAGCCGUGGCCCAAAUCGAUUCUGCCAAGAGUGCGAAGGAAGUGGCCGGCGUGCUGCCGAUUGCGGAGGUCGUUUCUCACGAGCAGCCUUUCUGGUUUGGACAACUGCGCGGCGACGCCUUCGGCUCCACGGAUGUGGCAGCAUACUGCUCUGAGCCCAUUCCGCUAACUUCACAGCUGCGGACUUUGCCGCAGGUUAUCACGGUAGAGAAAGUGUCGAGACUUGAAGAAUUGUUUGAAGCCAUUAGAAAGGGCCCCGUCGACGAUCCCAUUAUUCGAAUCAAGCACCCGCCCACUCCUGCGAAUGCGCGAGGCGAAACCUUCGCCUGCAUGUUUGAAGCUCCGAGGUUGCGGAAGCAGGGAGGAGGCCCCAAGGCUGGCAGCGGCCAAGUGGAGUUGCAGCUCGGGCUGAGAAAUGGAUCGGCCGAUCGGCAGAUGGGGCCGCCGGGCUUCUCAUCAGACGACGACCAGCAGCAGCUCGUGGCCGUGGCCAGGCUCGCCGAUGCCAAGCCGCAAGGCGGGCGACGGGGGGCUUCAAGAAAGCUCUACCUCGUGCUCGAUUCCGUCGCAGAAGGAGCUUGUGACACGGACGCGCAAUUUCGGAAGAAAUUCGAGCGCGAGAUCAUCGGAUACGGCAAUGUCGAGGAGAGCAUUCUCUACGGGAUUGUGUGCCAUGGUGCCGAGAGGGAUCGGGUCGCUGAGUCCGGGCCUGCCGAGGAAGCGGUAGCGGAGGCGAUCGGGGCCGUCGAGUCGAUUCCGAAGAAUAAGGGCGAGGCCAUAUCCGAGAAGCGUCCGGCAUCGCUGGCGGAAAAGAAGGUCGGCGUCGUCGAGGCCGUGGAGCGUGACAGCCCGUUGGGCAGUGGGGCGAGGGCAGAGGCCGCGGAAGGCGGCGCUGCGGGGAAGGACCCGUCGUCGCAUGCAUCGAAGGCCAAAGAUGAGAGCGCUCACGAAGCGCGGCGAUCCGAGAAGAGCAGCAAGCCCAAGAAGGACGAGGCAAGCAAGGAGAGGCAACGAGAUCGAGAUCGAGAGCGAGAGCGCGAUCGCGAUGGACGUGGGAAAGAUCGCGAGAGGGAGCGCGAGCGCGAGGGGCGGUCUGCGACCAAAGAUGUGCACCGGCACUCGCAUCGCCCGACUGACAGGAGCAAGGAUGCCGAUUCUUUCAAGCGCGAUCGGUCCAAGGAUAAGGAAGCCGAUCGAUUCCGCGAGCGAGAUCGCCACCGCGAGUCUCAUCGCGAGCUCCUGGAGCGGAAGAGGGGCAAAGAGUCGGAGCGCGAGAAGCAGGAGAAGCAGAAGGAGAAGGAGAGGCAGCGCGAGCGAGAGAAGGAUAAAGACCGCGAGAGGUCUGCCAGGAAACGGGAACGCGAGGUCGAGAAAUCGAAGGUGGAGAAGGAAGAGAAGAGAGCCACUCCGGACUCGGACAAGCCAGCUCCUGGCUUCGGCCCUCCAGCCCCAGGAUUUGCCCUUCCAGCUCCCGGAUUUCCUCCUCCAGCGCCUGGGUUUUCGAGAGACGGAAGCUCUGCUCUUGGUGCGGCUUCGCUCUCUGGGAAAGACAUCAGGAGACGAGGCAAGAUUGUCGACGAGGAUGUUGCUUUCGAUGAGAAAUAUGGAUUCGAUCUGAAAACAGUCCAGCCCGAGAGGGAGAUUAGUGUGAGCAAAAAAACAACUCACAGCUCGAAGUCGGACCCUUUGGUCGACACCGGAGCCCGCAGUUCUAAGGAUGACUCCGCAGUUGUUGUUCGAAAAGAUACUUCUGCGGACGUCGAUAAAAUCACGUUCGUUAAACCAGGAAGCACUGGUGACGCCCAUGGUGGUCCACCAGUGCCCAAGAUUGAUACUGUCACAGCUUCUAAGGAUGUUGAGACGACGGUCCAAAAGGAGGUCACACGAGAAAGGUCAGUAUCCGUGGUCCCUGAUAGUCUUGUCCAACCCGCUUCGGAAGUGGGUCGAAGUUUUCAUGCCAGUCUGAAAUUGAAGGCAAGUAUCUUCGGCCAGAGUGAAGUCGCUGUCGUUAACGAUCCGUUUGUUCUCGGCGACAUAGCGACCUCGAGUCGCAGGGGCACCGAGGAAGCCAUGGAUCACGACGGCGACACUCGGGGUAUUGAGAAUGUCCAGGGACGCAAAAGGCCGGAAACGCCCAAGGUUCUCGUUACAGAGUUCAAUAUUGGCAGUGGCACGAAAUUUGAAGUUCCGUCCAUGACCAGCAUCGGAAGUGCAAGCGUAUUGCUGCAUAGCAGCCGAGGAGGCACUUUGGAGCUGGGAAGGAAGGAGGAGACAAUUUCAGUGGAUGCGAGUUUGAACGAUGCAGUAAUAGCGAAGGGAGUACUUAGGAAUAAAGAUGCGCUUUUACCUCAAAAGUCGAAGCCUCCCAUUUAUGUUCGAGUCGAGGGUAUGUUAGACGCAGCUCAAGGGCAAAAGUAUGAAGGCACGGCGAGUGGUCCAGAUCUUGAUGCUCCGCUUAGUCCGAUUGACAAAUCAAGACUUCAAAGGACCGAAGACGUGCCAGCAGCCCACUUAACUGGACAAUAUUCACACGCUGCCGUCGACAAUGGAGUGGUUCCGCAUGCUAGCGCAGCAGAUAAAGAUAUUACCUGUGACGUUCUUCUUCUAGCAUGUGACAAGGAAACGCGUGCUUGGCUUAUAUCUAAGCCAAAUGCCUGCUAUUUGGCGGAAGAAUUUGGUGUCCGUAUUGUCAAGUAUGAAGAGAUCCCGAUCACGAAAGUUGACCCGAGGCCGAAAGUUCAAGGACCCGUCAAUGUGAAAGUUACUCUGGCAACAGAGAAGUCAGCAGAUUCCAAUGAAGCAAGAUGGUUUAUCAACCAGGCUGCCGACAUGCUGCGUGCUGUAGCGUCGCGUGGAGUCUUCGCCAAGUGUCUUUGGUAUCAAGGUUCGGUGCAACGUUUUAACGGCGAUCAGGGCGACGAUCAGGCUCCGUCUAUUCAAGCCGUGGUUAAAAAGAUCAAAGGAGAAGACGGAAAGAAUCUCGAAAGAAUUCAAGAGCUUACUGGAGUAAUGAUCGGUAUCGUUCUUGACGCCGGAAACAAGAAGGGAAUUGUUAAUUCACCUAGAGUGAUCGGACUGAGACUUAAGUGCAUUAGAAAAAGGGGUUUCGUCGAAGCUACAAGACAAGCGGAGGAGUUGCUGGCACAAGUAGCAGAGCGAUUCUCUAAAAACAGCGGAAGUGGAGCAGCGGGAUCACACGAUGUUGCGAUUCCGAAACUGAAAGUGGAUUGCUUCAAUGAAACGUCACCUUCUUCUGCGGUGCCAUCAACUUCACAUCCCGAAUUCGUAUCAGCGGUGAAUCUAAAUCCUCCGGCAGCUUAUGAAGACAUCAAUGCAGAGUCUCAGUCCGAGGAUGAGGAGCUCGACCGUAUCGUAAGGCCGUCCGAAUCAAAAUCAGGACGUUGUCGACCUCUUUACGUCAGCAACCUUCCUAGUUUCACAACAGUUGCUAUGCUCAAGGGAUUGUUUGAAGAAGUGUUCAGGGACAAGUAUGGCAUACUUUCUAGCUAUAAUGGAAUAUCAGAACUUGUUCAUGAUAUCAAAAUUGUUCCAGAUAAUCUUUGUGCUUUCGUAGAGUUUGCAUCGGACGAGCUACUCAGGCUCAUUCUGAAGGCAUACCAAGAGGACAGGAGUAUCUUUUGCGAUUUGAAGUUGGAGCUGGGAUCUCCAGCAAACCUGAAGUCAGAGAGGCAGUAUCUGACUGGUAAAAUCGAAGCAUCUGGAAUGGGUCUGGAACUUGCUGGUGGUUCAGCGGAGCCAGCAGGGCUCACACGGGUAAGAAGAGAAAAGAAAAUCCGCAGAAGCGUUGAGCCGGCGGGGAGGUUUUCUGUUGUACGGAGUAGCACGGACAGCGAAUGUGAAGCAUUUUCUCAAGGGCGGCGCUUUGGCAGCAGGGAUCCAGCCAUGCGGUUUCCACGUUCUUUAGAGAAGCCUAAACCCUUGUUCUUGACGGAGCUAAUGAGGAAUGCGUCUCCUCGAUCCAUACACGAUCUCUUCGAGGACAUAAUCAAGAAGUAUAUCAAUCCUUCCUUAGGAAGCUUGAAAGGGAGACAGACCGUGCUGGAUGUGAGAUACAUUCCAUCCAGAGGAUGUGCAUUUGUGGAUCUGGCCACUCCUGAACUGGUGGACUUUAUGCUUGACCUGCAUGCGCGGAAGCCUGAUGUGUUUUGCCACAUGAAAAUGGAGAUUGGCCGAAGACCUUUACCAGGUCAAGGAGAUGACGAGCCUCUUGUGAAAAGGUUAUAUCCUCCAAAUCGAUAUCCGCCUCUUUCCGAUGAGACUCACACUUAUAGCUCUGGCAAAAAGCCUCGCAGGCAAUUUGCGUCCAUCAGCCCUCCUAGACGAGAAUUGACUGUUAUGGAGCAUGAUUACGUGGACGACAACGAGGAGGAGGAGGAAGACGACAGGCAACUAACAGGAGUGAGGAAACGCAGGUCAGACCCAGAACGGACUGUAUACGCGGACAGACUCCCCGAGAAUGCCUCUGAAGGCAUGAUCCGAAGAAUAUUUGAACGCGUUUUGGUAGAACACAUGACUGAUGAUCAGCGAGAAGUGCGGGGCGACCAAUUAAUUACGGAGGUUCGAUACGUCCCGACGAAAUUCUGUGCGUUUGUUGUUUUUGUUGGAGAGGACCUAACCAGGCUAGUUUUGCACCUGUAUAACCAAAACGAAGACAUUUUUGAAAAUAUGCGAUUGAAACCUCACUUCCAUUCGAGGAUGGAGGACUUAUACCGGGAGGACAUUCACGAACGUGAUGAUGGAGGUAUUCACCGCGUGCUGGCUCGGGAUGCAUCAAUGGACCGGCGAAUCCGCCGUAUUGAGGAUUAUCAUGCUGAAGUCAAUGACCUUACACGUAGUCGAGUGUCCACAGCUCAUCGAGCUGUUGCUGCUACGGCGUUUAAAGAGGUUGAUAGGCGGAGAUCUGUAUAUGUGGAUCGCAUUCCCGAGUGUUUGCCAGAACCCAAGAUGAGAGAUAUCUUUGAGAGGGCUCUGGGGCAAAAUGAGCAUCCCUUCAAUCCUCACUUAGUAUCACAAGUGACAUUCUUUCGGGACAAGUUUGAUCCGGACAAACUUUGUGCUUUCGUCGAGUUGGAAAACGAAGAGCUAGUUCAGGAGUUGCUUGAGGUUUACACUGAUAACGAGAAUGCUUUCAAUGGUAUGCGAGUGAGACCAGCAGUGAAGUAUGGCCACUGAGCCGCUGAUAUAUUUAUCCACCCUUAUAAACUCCCAUCGGGCAAAGUGGAUCUCUACUGGGUGUCUUGAGCAGAUGCCAAUCAACCGGAGUGGACCGUAGUGCCAAUUCUUCCUCUAUGUAUGGAGUGAGAGGACUGUGCGACACCUCAGACCUAGGACGUCGCACCUAGAUGAUCAUCCACACUCUACCUUGGAGAACCGAAUAGCACUUGCUGGUAUGAGCGUUCUUCAAACUUGAUCCACGAUCCUCUUCGAUUCUUCAGGAACGAAAUUAUGAAUCAGUCCUCUGGUGGAGAAAGAUGGACUCAGAGUUCUCCAGGCUUUUGUUGUGAAUCAGGCAGGCUUCUGUUUGUCCGGACAGGCCGACCUGUUGUUUCUGCUUAUACUUAAAGUUAUUUGUCCGUGACACUCCUGUCCUUGGACUGUUCAUCCUUAGACAGGGAUGAUAUUCUGUACAUGAAAAGGGUUUCACUUUCAAGAGAGGGGACUUCACUCCCUGUUCACUUCCAGCUGCACGAGCACGCCUCUAUUUUCGCCCAUUAUUUUUUCUUGUAUGGAUUAUUUUUCGCCGAUGUUUCUGCUCCGUUAUCUGCUUGCACUCGUUUAAGUCAAGCUUCAGUUCCUACCUUAAACUCCUUUGGAAACAAGGCGGUUCAGACUUUACGAAAGAAUGUUCUCAAUAGUUCUUGCGUGCAAGACCAUAUUGAGACGAUAUUGAGAGCCGGCUGAGUGUUGGUACUACUCAGCAGCACACUGGUUAUGUUUGAAGGGGACAAGUUCUACAUACGUUUCCCAAGACAGAAAGAGCUUUCCUUGGCAAGAGUCGACACUAGCAAGAUUGAUCAUACGAAACUCUUGGGGUCAACCAAGAGAUUCUUCAAAAAGUUUUAUUCCUAGAUUCUCCCAGAUUAUCUAGUCGAAAAGGUAUGAUUUAAAAUAUUUACUGCAAAGGCCUACACGAACUUGCAACCAAUG